AUGAGCUAUCAAGUGAAGGAGAUUUCAACAAAGCCGUUCGACGGGCAGAAGCCUGGUACAUCAGGACUAAGGAAGAGGGUGAAGGUGUUCCAGCAGGAGCAUUACACAGAGAACUUCAUUCAAGCUAUAUUCGAUUCUAUCAAGGCGGAAGGUGCGACGCUCGUCAUUGGAGGCGAUGGUCGUUACUUCUCCCCCGAGACCGUCCAGACCAUCUUGAAGAUCGGAUCUGCAAACGGGGUGAAGAAGUUGAUCGUUGGGAAAGAUUCUAUUCUUUCUACACCCGCUGCAUCGAAUGUAAUUCGCAAAUACAAGGCGGAUGGUGGUAUCUUGCUCACCGCGAGCCACAACCCCGGGGGCCCCAACAACGACUUCGGGAUCAAAUACAACGUCUCCAACGGUGGACCCGCACCUGAAAAUGUAACAAACAAGAUAUAUGAGAUCACGAAGACCAUUCAAAGGUACAAGGUUAUCGAGGCUAAUCCCGUCGACCUCUCCGUAAUAGGCAAAACAAGUUAUGGACCGACUGAAGUCCAGAUCAUCGACUCAGUAGUCGAUUAUGUCGAACUCCUUCAAGAUAUCUUCGACUUCCAGCUCAUCAAAGACUUCCUUCAGAACAACGCCGCGUCCUUCCGUAUCCUCUUCGAUGGAUUGCAUGGUGUUACGGGUCCUUACGCACGCGCGAUAUUAGUGGACACCCUUGGGCUCCCUGAAGCCUCUAUUCAGAACUGUAUCGCACUGCCGGACUUCGGCGGUGGUCACCCCGAUCCCAACCUCACGUAUGCACACUCACUCGUCGAAGUUGUCGAGGCGAAAAACAUCCAGUUUGGCGCAGCAAGUGACGGCGAUGGCGAUAGAAACAUGAUCUACGGCAAGGGCGCGUUUGUCACUCCUAGUGAUUCAGUCGCCAUUAUCGCAGACUGGGCGCAUGUUAUUCCAUACUUCAAGAAGGGCGGCGUGAAGGGCCUUGCGAGGAGUAUGCCGACCAGUAAAGCGAUCGAUCUGGUUGCCCAGAAGAAGGGCCUGGAGUAUUUCGAGGUUCCUACUGGAUGGAAAUUCUUCGGUAACCUCAUGGAUGCUGGCCGUCUUUCCAUCUGCGGUGAAGAGUCUUUCGGAACGGGCUCAGACCACAUUCGUGAGAAGGAUGGUAUAUGGGCAAUCAUGGCUUGGCUGAACAUCAUUGCUGCUGCCAAUAAGGAGUCACCAAAUGAGCUCAUUGGCAUCAAGGAACUGCUGAAGAAGCACUACGCUGUUUACGGACGAUCAUUCUUCAGUCGAUAUGACUACGAAGAGGUUUCCUUCGAGGGUGCCAACAAGCUUGUUGCACUGCUGGAUGGCGCAAUCACUUCAUCAUCGCUCGCAAACAAAAUUUACAAGUCGAAGAGUACCAAUCAGAACUUUACCAUCGCAUCUGUUACGAACUUCAGCUACACAGACCCGAUUGACGGGAGUGUGAGCAAGAACCAAGGACAGGUUGUGCUAUUCGAUGAUGGGUCACGGGUGGUAUUCAGGUUGAGUGGUACUGGGAGUGCUGGUGCGACUGUUAGGCUGUAUGUGGAGAGGUAUGUUGGACCAGAGGCUGGCGAGAAAGUGUUGGCGGGUGACACCGCCGAGGGCUUGAAGGGUCUCAUCGAGGUUGCCUUGGAAAUCAGCAACUUGAAGGAGUUCCUUGGAAGGGACGAGCCUACUGUCAUUACGGUGAGUACGUCUGCCGAUGGUGGUUGUUAG